UCAUCAUCAGAUCUUCUCAGCAUGAACCGCCUUCAGACCUCUUCUGCUGCCUAUGCAGAUGCCACCUACGCCACGACAGCCUCUCCCGUCCACGGCCACUUUGCACCUCAUUCAGCUUCUGCAUACGACACCAUGGGCUAUGCCCCGGCCCAUGUACGACCUGCAUUUGGUGCCCUCGGCCACGAAUCAGAUGCCUCGCGCAGAUUUUCUCAACACGUCCAUACUGAUGACCGAAGAGGCUUUGCUGAAGCUCUUGAUGCCAGCCACGGCAUGCUUGCCAUGAGCCAAGAGACACCCAGAAACAUCUAUGGCCGCGACCGAUCUUCUGUAGACUCAUAUGGCUUCCCGUCAACUCAUUCGACCAGCUCCUCCGUCUCGUCAUCUGGCGGCUUCGGCUCCUACUAUGGCGACUCCGUCUCUGACUACUCUACUGCCGGCUCAGAUAUCGAGUCUGUUAGCUCGAGAACACUGCCUCGACCUCAGGGCAUGAUGUCCUCCUCAGUCCCUCCUGCACCCCAAUCCAUGAUGGGCCAGUUCAGCUCCAAGGUCUCAUCUAGCACACAGAAGAAGCACAAGUGCAAGGUUUGUGACAAGCGUUUCACACGACCAAGCUCUCUGCAGACUCACAUGUACAGCCACACUGGCGAAAAGCCAUUCGCCUGCGAAGUUGAGGGCUGUGGUCGCCACUUCUCAGUCGUCUCAAACCUUCGACGCCACCGAAAAGUCCACAGAGGCGACGCCCGAUCUGAGGCUGGUUCAGAAGACCACCACUCAGAUUAA